AUGCUCCGAUCCGUCGCAUCGGCCGCCAACCUGCGCGCCCGCAGCGCGUCGUCGGUGUCGGCGUCGGCCGUCGCAUCCUCGCCCGCCCACGCCCUCUUCCGCCGCAACCUCGUCUCCAGCGUCCUCCUCAGCAGCACCCGCGACGCCUACGAAAAGAAGCGCAUCGCAGAGCUCAGGGACGACCUCCGCUCCCGCGGCCUCUCGUCGUCGGGCAAAAAGGAGGACCUCGUCCGCCGCCUCCUCGACAACGACUCGGCGCGCGCCGGCAGCAACCUCACCCAGUCCGCCUCGCCCUCGCCCUCGCACUCGUCCUCGCAACGCGCAAAGUCGACCCUUGCCUCGCUCCGCAGCCAGCCCCCCGCUGCCGCCGCCAUCGGAAAGGCCACGCCAAAGACUGAGGCCAGCAAGCCCACCCUCGGCGGCGACGACGCCAAGCCUCAGCCUGCCGCUUCCACCCCCGCCUCCAACCCUGCCCCCAGCGCCGCACAGGAUGCUGCCCAGGCCACUGCAGACGCCGUCGCAGAGGCAGGCAGCCCGCUCGGCUCCCUCAAGCCCUCCGAGACCCCCUCGGACCUGACCGCGGGCACCGUCCACAGCGCCGCCGCAGACGGCCUCGCCAGCGGAGAGACGGCAAAGAGCAGCCCCGACGCCGCACCCGAAGACCCCGCCAUCGCCACCAACCCUCCCGGCCUGCCCCCGCACAAGGCCCCGCACCCGCGCGAGACCUUCAACAUCCAGAUUCCAUACUACGAGGAGCCCGCCGAGCCAGAGGCGCCCAUCCCCCUCGUCACAUCCUACACGUCGCUCCGCGGCAAGCCCGAGGCCCGCAACGAGCCCGAGCACGAGACCUCGCCGGACGCCAAGGUUUUCAGCAUCUCGGCCACUGGCGACGUCUCGCACAGCAGCACCGACCUCUCGAGCCAGUCUGACGACGCCGCCGCCGCCGAAUCCAAGGGCCUGCUCGCCGAGAUCCUCGCCGACCUGCAGGGCGGCAACACGUCGUCGGCCGCCCACAAGGCCAACAAGGCCGCCAGCAAGACGGCCGACGCCGCCAGCGGUGCCUUUGGCUCCAUCGCCGCCCAGGCCAAGGGCGUCCUCUCCUCGGCCACCCAGUCGUUUGCGCAGGCCGCCGAGUCGUCGUCGUCGUCGUCGUCCAGCAGCAACUCCGGCGGUGGCGCCUCUUCGGGCCGCCGUGCCAACCGUCCCCUGACCGACGACGAGCGCACGGGCGCGUGGAUCCUGCUCGGCAUCGUCGGCGGCGGCUUCCUGCUCGGCGGACUGGGCAAGCCCAAGAAGCACGACGAGUCGUCCGACCGCGUCGCCCCUUUGACCAAGUCUAGCUCCGCUUCGGCCGCGCCAGCUCAGCAGCAGCAGCAGAAGCCGCAGCAGACCGCCGCUGCCGUCGUCGCCGCCGAGCAGCCUGCGGUUCCCGCGCCGUCAGUUGCGACCGUCGAGGUCCCCGUGGUCGUCGUCCCCGUUCCCGUCCCCGCAGCGGCGGCGGCAGCAAAAGGAGGCGCGCCGCGGGCCCGUGCCCAGCCUGCCGAGAGGCUGUCGGAGGCGUCGCUGGCGCAGCUCUCGCGCCUGUCGACUUGCGAGGUGAGCAACAAGUGA